AUGUGGGGCCUACCAGGGAGGGUCAUCGCCUGUGCAAAGAUGCAGCUCUUUGUCAGGCUGGUUUUCAUCGCUGCCUUUGCCAAAAAAGCUGUCUCCAGCGCUCUGAGGCCGGGGGAGGAUCCCCGGUGGCUAGAUAUACAACCAAAUGUGGAACUGAAAAGGACUCAGGAGCAGUCUGUGCCCACAGAAAGCCCAGCUGUUUUGAAUGACUACAAUUUAACCAAACCUCAUGAAAUAGAAAAUGUGGACAGUGCAGAAGGCCCAGCCAAUGAAGAUGAAGACAUAGGAGAUGAUUCGAUGAAAGUGAAAGAUGAAUACAGUGAAAGAGACGAGAAUGUUUUAAAGCCAGAGUCCAUGGGAAAUGCAGAAGAGCCUGAAAUCCCUUACAGCUAUUCAAGAGACUAUAAUGAGUAUGAAAACAUUAAGUUGGAGAGACAUGUUGUCUCGUAUGACAGUGGCAGGCCAGCCAGUGGAAAGAUGAACUGUGAUGUGUGUGGAUUAUCCUGCAUUAGCUUCAAUGUCUUAAUGGUUCAUAAGCGGAGCCAUACUGGUGAACGCCCAUUCCAGUGUAAUCAGUGUGGGGCAUCUUUUACUCAGAAAGGUAACCUCCUCCGCCACAUUAAACUGCACACAGGGGAAAAACCUUUUAAGUGUCACCUCUGCAACUAUGCGUGCCAGAGAAGAGAUGCGCUCACAGGGCAUCUUAGGACACAUUCUGUUGAGAAACCCUACAAAUGUGAGUUUUGUGGAAGGAGUUACAAGCAGAGAAGUUCCCUUGAAGAGCACAAGGAGCGCUGCCGUACAUUUCUUCAGAGCACUGACCUGGGGGACACCGCAAGUGCGGAGGCAAGACACAUCAAAGCAGAGAUGGGAAGUGAAAGAGCUCUCGUUCUGGACAGAUUAGCAAGCAAUGUGGCAAAACGGAAAAGCUCAAUGCCUCAGAAAUUCAUUGGUAAGAAUACAAACCUUUUUCCUGCUGUUGUUAGCAGACAGUUUGAAUGA